AGUCCAUAGAGAGAUGCUCAGAGAAUGUGAGAAGGUGGAAAGAGGGAGAGAAGAAGGAAGGAAGGAGGGAGGCAGAAGGAAAGAGGAAAGAAGGGAUAAAUAAGUCAAGCAGAGGUAUUGAAGGAUAAUCCAUCAUCCAUUCAUUCAACAAAGAUCUAUUGAGUUCCUAUUGGGCCCCAUUCUAGGCACCACGGAUACAACUAACAAGUUCAAGUCACUGGCAACUGACUCCCAGCACUUCCAGACCGAAAUAAGGCUGAGCCACAAGAAGGCAGAAACGAUUCUUGUCAGCUGAGGCCAGAGCUGGCUGUAGGGCACUCCCUGCUUGCUGACCGCUGACCGUCUGCCCAGGCACCGACCACUCUGCUUUCCAACAGGGGUGUUAAUCUUGAGGGUCUGACAUCUGGUCCUGCUCAGGAUGAUCCCCAAGGAGCAGAAGGGGCCAGUGAUGGCUGCCAUGGGGGACCUCGCUGGACCAGUCCCUUUGCUGGACCUGGGCAAGAAGCUGAGCGUGCCCCAGGACUUGAUGAUGGAGGAGCUAUCAUUACGCAACAACCGGGGAUCCCUCCUCUUCCAGAAGCGGCAGCGCCGGGUGCAGAAAUUCAUCUUUGAGUUUGCAGCCAGCCAGCGGGCGGUCCGGGUCAGAGGCGACAAGGGGAAGGUGACCGGAACAGCGGAGCUGGGGACGGUUGCAAAAGGCCCUGACGGGGAGAACUACCGCCCGGAGCUCCACAUCUUCUCUGCCUCGCCUGGGGGUCCAGCGGACGCCCGGGCGGCAGCUCCCCCGGAGGAGUGCGCCCGCAGCCCCAGCGCCCUGGCACCAGGCUAUGCCGAGCCACUAAAGGAAGUCCCGCGCGAGAAGUUCAACCACACGGCCAUCCCCAAGGGCUACCGCUGCCCUUGGCAGGAGUUCGUCAGCUGCAGGGACUACAAGGGCCUUGGCCGAAGUCACACCAGGAGCCUGGUGGAGUACCGAAAUUUCAACAAGACCCCAGUGCCCUUUGGAGGACCUGUGGUGGGGGAGACCAUUCCCAGGGCAGACACCCCCAUCAUCCCAGAGCUCACCAGUGGUUUGGAACUUCUUCGCCUGAGACCCAGCUUCAACAGAGUGGCCCAGGGCUGGGUCCGCAACCUCCCAGAGUCUGAGGAGCUGUAGCCCAGCCUGAAUCUUCAAUUCCCCAGUCUCAGAGUUUGGGUACCAUCUGGAACAAACACUGUGGACAGAACUUCAUAGUUUUUAAGGGUCUUCACACACAAAACCAUAUUCCAAAUAACACCAAAGGUCACAAAAUUCGGUAGACCCCACAUGUGGUGUGUUUCAAAAUUACCUGAGGAUGUUGUUUCUAAUACAGAUUUCUGGCCUGCCCCAGACUGCAGCAUUAGAAUCUCUUGAGUUGGGGAAUCUUUUAGUAACCAGUGCUCCCAAAUGAUUCCUGUACUUGUCCAUGGUUUAUGUCUCUAGGAAUCCAAAACCCCAAUGAAUUCACAUCUAUGCUUCCCCUACUCCCUGCUUCUCUACUCCACCUUACACUCUCCCCCAAUGACAGGGGCUCACUGGCAGCCACCUUCACAUUUACCUGUGAAUCAUUUGGCUAACUAGAAAGUUUUUCUUUUACUGAGAUAAAGUUGGUCUUUACCUAUUCAUACCCUAAACAUUGACUAAGCACUGACUGUGUGCUAGAUACUGUGCCAGCCCCAGGGAAAGUGGUAAGUAGGCCUAGGACCUGGCCACGAGGAAGAAGGCAGUAGGGAGGACAGAUUUGAAAAGCAGUAUACCAUUUUGGUUUUCCCUAAAACAUACUAAUUGACACCUGAGGAACAAGGUGCCAGGAGGCAGAAGAAGGACUCCCUAACCCUGGGUAUAGGGUGGGUUUCCAGGAAGUUUCCCAGAUAAUUUGAGACCUCAGAAGAGGAGGGAUAGUCCAUGGAGAGAAGAGGGUGUGAUGAGGAGGACAUUCCUGGCCAGUGGCCCAGCACAUGCAAAGGUAUGGGCUUGUGCAUGGGUAGAAGGAGAGGGCUCUGGAGCAGGGAGGGAACUGUGUCUCAGGGGUCACUGAGCAAGGGGGUGGGCUUUACUAGGAGACAGGGGAGGCUUGUGAGCUGGGGAGCGAGGAGUCUCACUGGUUGUUAUGUGGAACAUAGAUGGGAGCGGACUAAGGCUGGAAGUCAGGAAGCCUGCAGGGAACAAGGCCCAAACUAGGAAGGGAGGCAUGGGGGUGUCCUUACAGGGCAGGUGCCAUGUGAGGCACUGUUAAGGACUGCUUUCCAUCUCCUUCUGCUCACCAUUUGGAGCAGGACCUGGGGUAGAUCAUGUCCUCAUCCCCAUCAGGACUAGUUUGGGGCUUUACUCUGGCUCAUUAGAGAAGAGAGAAAGGAAUGCCUUUUAGUUCAAGUGAUGAAGAUGAAGGUGAUGAUGAAGAUAUGAUGACAGCAGCUACUUUUAUUGGAUGCUCAGUGCUUGGGCUGGUAAUAGGUUCUUCACAUAUCCUCUUUCUAACUUUCAAUAUAGCCCUCAGAGAAAAGUACUGCUGUCCCGUUUUAUAGAUGUGGCUAUCCAGGCUCAAAAAGGGGAAGUGGAAGAUGGCGGCAUGAGUAGGUCAGUGGAAAUCUCCUCCCCAAAACAUAUAUAUUUAUGAAAAUACAAUAAAUACAACUAUUCCUAAAAGAGACACCAGUGGAUACAGUACAACAGCCAGGAUACAUCUAGAUCUGUGAGGACUCAACAUCACAUGAAGGGGGCAAGAUACAAGCCACAGCCAGGUGGGACGUGAAUGCCCCCCACCUCAGAACCCAGCGGGAAGAAAGGAGUC